UAUGGCGUCUGAAUAAAAAGCAAGAAGAAGGGUGCUGCUGAUAAAAAUUCUUUGCGGUCGCCGCAAAAAGUGAUGAAUUGUUUGUUAAAAGUUAUGAUUAUUUAAGCCUUAAUCUUUACAAAAUAACUAGUUUGUAAACAAAUAAUAAACUUAAGACAAUGGAUGCUCAACCGCCAAGAGAUGCAAGUUUACGCAAUAUAAUAGACAAACUGGCUGAAUUUGUGGCACGCAAUGGACCCGAGUUUGAAGCAAUUACCAAACAAAAGCAACAGAAUAAUCCAAAGUUUGAAUUUCUCUAUGGCGGCGAAUUUGCCAGCUAUUAUCAGUUCCGUGUGGCAGCGGAGCAGGCAAUGCUAAAGCAGCAAAGCGGCUUGCCAACAAAUGCACUCUAUAUGCAACAGCCGCCGCCCACUCAUCCACACUAUGCUCCACAGCAACAGCAGCAACAACAGCAGCAGCAACUGCCACCCAUUAUGCAUGACAAUGUCCAGGAUAGUAUGCAGCAACAAAAAUCUCAACAUCUGUGGCCACCUAAUGCCGGCGUUGCAACCGGAACUGGUUCAGCUCCAACACCGCAAUCAGCAAAUGGCACUGCAAUGACAUUGAAUUUGGCCAGCCAAUUGGAUGCAAUUAAAAUGCAACAGAAUACACUGCGAGAGCAAAUCAAACAGUCGGAAGCGAAUCUUUCCGCACAGCAUACGGCACUGAUGACCCAAAAGACAAAGCAAAUCGACGAUGCAAUGGCAGCGGCACAGACGACACAGCUGGAACAAUUGGCCAAUGAGCAGAGCAUUGUGAUCAGGGAUUUUGAUGCUGUACUCCAGCCGAUCAUCGAGUCCUGCACCAAGGAUAGUAUCUCAUCAGGCAAGAACUGGAUUUUACAGCAUUCAACCGACAGCGCAAAAAUCAAUGUCGUUUUACAAUAUCUUUUAAAGAAGGCUUUGGUCAAUGGUUCAACGUUUCAGCAAAAAUUGCAUCUUAUAUAUUUAGUUAAUGAUAUACUCCAUCAUUGCAUGCGCAAAAAUAUCAACGAUUUGAAGAACAGCCUCGAGAACGUCGUUAUUCCGAUGUUCUGCAGCGCCGACUUGAUUGCGACCAAUGAUCAGCGCCAGAAGCUGUCGAAGCUGCUUUCUUUGUGGGAGUCCAAGGCCAAGUUCUUUGAUGCGUGUGUCAUCUCCAAGCUACAAUCUCCGGACUCUUCGAUGCAGGAGUAUAAGACGAAUCUGCAGAAUACACAUCACGAUAUUGUGGCCAAGUACACGCAGAGCACGAAGGCCACGCUGGACAACUAUCAAAAGCAGCAUCAAAUCUUCAUGCAACAUGCCACGCAACAAAUUGCGCAGCUGGAGCAGCAAAAGCUGCAACUGGAGAAACAAAUGCUGGUCGCACAAAAUGCUCAGCCGGGCACACCGCAAGCCAAAUCUAUACCUUCAUUGAUGGCGCAACGCAUCGCUAUGCCUGGCACAGUGGAGGAGCAACUUAUGAAUACGCCGCCGCCGCCAACGACGACGCAUGAGCCAGGAAACAACAUGUACGCAGGCUAUCCACAGCAACAGCAACAGCCGCCACCGCAGCAGCAGCCGCCACCUAGCAGUCAUUAUGUCGAUGCACGCGGUCCUAACUUUUUCAUUCCGGAUAUGUCGAAGCCGCCGCCAGGCUUUCCAACACCCAUACACGGUCAAGUGCCACCGCAGCAGCAACAGCAGCAACAACAGCAGCAGCCACUGCCGAAUCAGUAUCCGCCAUUGCCUGGACAAUUGCCUGUUGCAGCUGGCGACGCGCCUGUUGAUUUGGGCGUAUUAAAUGCAGCCAUACAAGCCGUAAUGCAAUUGCAGCAUCAGCAACAACACCAGCAACGACAUCCCGACGAGCAACAGCAACAAUUGCAACUGCAACACCAGCAGCAGGUGCAACAACAACAGCAGCAGGUGCCACCGCCAUCAUCAUUUGGACAAAUGCCACACUCGAAUCUGACUGAUCCAGGCGUCAAUAUGGGCGCUUUGAAUGCAGCGAUGAAUGUGGUGAUGCAACAGCGAUCGGAUGAUGACCAACUGCCCCAUACGGACUGUGAUUUGGAAUCAGGGGAGCCGCCCAUGGUCAUGCAAGAGCCACAAGUGCCGACAGCGCCUUAUUAUGACUUGCCAGCAGGUCUCAUUGUGCCACUUAUACGACUGGAGGAUUACAACUAUAAGCCACUAGAUCCAACGGAAAUACGUUUGCCAGCACCAGCGCCGCAAAGCGAACGCUUGACAAAUGCAUUAAAUGCCUUUUAUGCGGCGCCUUCACAUGACCGACCCAGGGAUAAUGAGGGUUGGGAGAAGUUGGGUCUGUACGAGUACUACAAGGUGAAGAAUGCGGCGCGCAAGCAAAAGGAGGAGGAGAUCAAGAAUGGCACACGCGACAAAUCACGUUCACCCAGUCCCAUUAUUCUAGAGAAAGUUAAGAAGACCAAUAAGCGGUGUUAUCGCUCCAAGAGUCGAAGUCGCUCGCGUACCCGCUCGCCUGUCAGUCGCAAUAAAUCCCGCUCACGAUCCAAGUCACGUUCUGCGGAACGCGCCGUUACACCGCCGCCUCAACGAAGUCGUGGAGGAGGACCAGGUGGUGGUGGUGGCAGCAAUCGCAAGACCCGCAAUCGUUCGCCGCGUCAUGAACGCGAUAACAACAGUCGCGAGAAUCGCAACAAUAGCAAUAAUAACAACAAUAGCAACAACAACAGUAACAACACUAAUAGCAACAAUGUAAACAACUCCAGGCGGGUAGAACGCGACAGAUCGCCCACCCCCCCUAGUUUCUUUGGAAGCAGCUUUGCCAAGCCGCAGGAAUUUAUAGAGGAGACAAAUAAAGGCCAUCAGAUGCUCAUGAAAAUGGGCUGGGGCGGCACUGGCACGGGCUUAGGCUCGAAAAGUCAAGGCAUUGAUACGCCCAUAUCGGGUGGCGAGGUGCGCGAUCGCAAGGAUAUGUACAAGGGCGUGGGCAACAAUCUAAACGAUCCGUUUGAAAGGUUCCGCAAGAAUAAAGGAGCCGCUUUUGCGCAUCGCAUGAGCACCAGAGAUUACAAAGCCUAAAAGUCUGCCUGCCUACUAAGAUGCCUUGUACACAUCCUCCAACUGAUAUCGCAUUUCUGUUCACUUUUCCUUCCUUUUAGUCAAGAGAAUACAUUUUUUUAAAAAG